AUGCAUCAGAGCCUGUUAGAUGAGAGUGACGAUUUUCAUCAGAAAGGAUCCGGUUGGGUAGUUGAAUCAAUCGAAGGUCUAGAAUUGCGAGUUUCAAUGUAUCAACCUUUGACCGGGUCUACUUUUAUACCAUUACCGUUUAAAUCCAUUUACAUUGUUAACUGUCAAAAUACGGAUCAAAAAUGUUUCAUGUACGCCUGUUUGGCUAAAAAAUUACCUGUUGGUACAACUCAUAAGUACCUACCAAAUACUUAUAGAAAAUAUCUCGAUAGCUACGAUUUUUCCUGUUUGACUUUUCCAGUGUCUCUAAAAGAUAUCGGUAGAUUUGAAAGAGCUAAUAAUGUGAGUGUAUCCGUAUAUGGGAUCCCUGGGUUUCCAUAUACAAUUAAGAAAACAGCAGAAGAGAAAGAGGGAACUUACUAUCCCGAUUUUGAGGAAGAUGAGGAGAGUUUUAAUCAGGAAGAAGAGGAGGAGGAGGAGGAGGAGGAGUAUCCAAUUUGUCAUCCGAACUCUAAAAAAAAACCACCGCGUGUAUUUCCCUUAAGAGUACCCGAUCGAAUUGAGGAAGACCACAUCGAUCUCCUUUACAUAACGAAUGAGGAGACGUCUCAUUAUUGUGCGAUCACUAAUCUUGAGGGGUUAGUACGGAGUCAGCUAACAACGAAUACGAAGAAAAUAUUCAUGUGCAGACGUUGUUUCGCUCGAUAUUACAACCAGGAAAAAUUGAACCAACAUCUAGCUUUAUGUCUAAAAUUUAAACCGAUCCGCCCAAUCAUAAAUUUUGGUUCGGAUCGAAUAUUAAGAUUUACAGCUUUAAAGAAAGCUAUGGUUCAUCAAUACGUAAUUUUUGCGGAUUUUGAAUGCUAUCUACCGGAAGUUAAAUCGAAUCCUAAUUUUCUUAGUUCCCGAGUUUAUCAGAGACAUGAUCCGAUGUCUUACGCAUAUAUAAUGGUGUCUUCUGAUCCUUUGUAUAAUAUGAAGACUCCUAAAUUGUAUAGAGGAGAGAGUGCUAAUAUCCAUUUUGUGGACGAGAUAAUGAGUAUCGCGAGUGAUUUAGCUGGAGAUCAUAAUUUCGGAGAUGAGAUCAGAAUGACCGAAGAAAAUAUUAGACAGCAUGAGAAUGCCACUAGUUGCGCCAUGUGCGAUAGGGACUUCGACGAAGUUUUGCAGAGGGUUCGCGAUCAUAAUCAUCAAUACGUAUCGCCGGACGCUCCCAAUUUUCGAGCAACACUGUGCGUUGUGUGUAACUUAAAUUAUUCUCAUCCGAAAUCUCUGAUAGUCGGUAUCCACAAUUUUGAACAUUAUGACGUGCACCCGGUGAUUUUAGCUUUAGAGGGGCUUGAAAAUCGGGUGACCAUUAUACCGUCAACCGAAGAGAGCUAUUUGAGUGUUACCAUUCAAAUGGAGAACAGAUUCAAGAUAGUGUUCAUGGAUACCAUGCGACAUUUAUCAGCUUCCCUCGAUAGACUGGUAUCUUCGAUCCCCGAAAAAGCUUUAAUUUACACUCGUCGAUUGUGCCAAUCGGAGGAGCAGUUCAGCAUUGUCAAACGAAAGGGUGUCUUUUGUUACGAUUAUGUUACCGAUACUACUAAGUUAGAAGAUACUUCUCCACCUUCAAAGGAGGCGUUUUUCAGUAGGCUACAGAAUAGACCCAUUUCAGACGAGGAUUAUAAAAGAUUUUGUGAUACUUGGAGAGUUUUCGGAUUCGCAAAUUUGGGCGAAUACGCUGACUUCUAUUUGCGUCUCGACGUCAGUCAACUUUGUGACGUGUUUCAAGAGUUCCGAAAAUUCUGCAUGAAAAACUACGGUCUUGAUUGUGUCAAUUACCUUACUUUACCCAGUUUCGCGUUUGACGCGUUCCUAAAAAUUACUCGAGCUGAAAUCGAAUUGUUUACCGAUAUCGAUAUGAUAAAUCUAAUCAAUUCGGCAAUUAGAGGUGGGAUUUCACAAUGUUCCUUGCGACAUGUAGUUGCCGAUAACCCACUCAUUCCGGAUGAAACGGGAAACGUCAACGCUCAAAAUGGAAAAGGAUCGAGGAGUACAUACAUUCAAUAUUUGGAUGUUACAGCCCUAUACGCGUUUACAAUGUGCAAACCCCUCCCUUACGCUGAUUAUCGUUGGUUGAGUUCAGAAGAGUUGAUGAAACUGAGCUCGAUAGAGAACGGACAACCGAUGAUAAUGACCAUCCCGAACGAUGGACCUUACGGUUUCAUCCUCGUCGUCGAUUUAAUUUACCCCGAAAAUCUUCACGAUUACCAUUCUGAUCUCCCGUUCUGUUGCGAAAAUAAAAAACCCCCUUGUCGCGGAUCGAAGACUCGGAAACUGCUGUUGACUCUUGACGAUAAAUCCGAUUACGUAAUUCAUUUCGCUAUCUUAAAACAAGCGCUGGCUAACGGGCUCGUCUUAAAGAGGAUGAGUAAAGGUAUUUAUUUCAAACAGAAACCUUUCCUGAAGCCGUUUAUAGAACUGAACGCGAGACUCAGAAAAGAGGCACAGGGUAAUAAAUUUGCACAAGAUACGCUGAAAUUGAUCUCUAACGCUUGUUAUGGAAAAUUUUUAGAGGACCCUCUUAAAAGACAAAAUAUAGUAUUGGGAACGAACGAACGACAGAUCAUGCGAAACGUGUCUCGUCCCGACUUCCUUGAUCGAACGAUUUUUGCCGAGGAGCUUGUCGCUAUAAAACUGGCGAAAACCCGCGUCAAAUUCAACCGACCCAUGAUUGUCGGAUUCUCCGUCUUAGAACUCAGCAAAUAUCAUAUGUAUGAUUUUUAUUACAACAAGCUCCUUAAGCAGUAUCGAAGGGAUCAAGUGUCCAUUCUUUACAUUGACACAGAUUCAUACAUUGUUGCCAUUUUUACGGAAGAUAGAUACAAUGAUAUGCUCCACCACUUGGAAUUAUACGACACUUCGAAUUUUCCCAUCGAUCAUCCUUGCUUUUCUGAAGCGAAUCUAAAAGUCAUGGGGACAUUCAAAGAUGAAACUGGUGGGGAGCCUAUAGUUGAAUUUGUUGGUCUCAAAAGUAAGCUUUAUGCAUAUCGGACGGCAACAAUGGUUGACAAGAGGGCGAAAGGUGUCCAGAAGUCGGUGGUUAAAGACACGAUAUCUUUCGAACAUUUUUUGAGAAGUCUCUAUGGUAACGAAACAUUCAAGCGCGCCACUCGAACAUUCCGCUCAGAGAAUCAUAUUAUCCGCUCUGUCGAGACUGUGAAAGUCGCAGUUUCUAGCAAGGAUGAUAAACGGAAAAUUUUACAAGGGAACGUAGUAUCUCUACCGUGGGGUCAUUAUAGAAUUCAACAACACGAGAAUCUCAUGAAGCGAGUAUGUGCAGAGAUCCGAAACUUCGACAAAAGACUACUUUUUCCGAUAGAGACAAUGAACACCUCGAGUUUUAGUGAACGUACUGUUCACGAUCUUUCAUCAUCGUCCGUUUCGAGUUCCGAUCACGAUUGUGUUAGUGAGGAGGAAACAGGUGUAUUCUCUUCUGAAGACGAGUCCCUCAUUUCGAGAUCCGAUCGAAGGGGAACGAUUAAACUUCCAUCGUCAUCGGAUUCGGAUACGGAGGAUACCAUGCGGGGAGAUGAGGAACCAGAGUCGAAAAGAACGAGAAUUUCUUAUGAUCCCACAGCUCAUUCUAGUAAAGAUCCGAGGUUUUUAUGA